AUGACUUCAAAUAGCACGAGAUCGUCUGCUAUGGCUCUUCGUCAAACAUUAUUAGCAUUAUCUUUUCAAUUCUUUUUCGUUCCUUCAAAGGCUAUACAGCACCAGAAUCAGGCAAUACAACAUUUGCAGACGAGUAUUGAUAGAACUCUACCGUGGGAUAAAGAUGAAGCUUUACAAGCGAUUGCUGCUAGCAUGCUGCUGAGUGUCUACGAAAUGGAAAAUGGCGAAUCGCCUCUUCGCUGGGCUAUAUUUUUCAGCGGCACGAAAAGAAUCGUUGACACAAUUUAUACUCCAGGCGAAACUUACGAAGGAGACUCGGCUGUUAUGAUGGACUGGAUUUUUUACUAUUAUACCAUGUGCAAAUUUAGCGUUCUUCACUGGCUUCGGACAGACGAACAGCAGACAUGGAUAGCGAGACAGAGAAAAAUCAUAUCGAAGCCUCCCCACUCAGUUUCACAGCAUACUGCAAGUAGCGGCAUUGUCCCCUCUCCUUUCCCCCUUUUUAUUACAAAUAGAAAAAUCAGUCGAAAAAUCCCUCAAGCUAAUUCUCCAAUACAGAUCCUGACAUCAUGGGGAUGUUCACUAGAACUGCUAGACAUUCUAUACGAGAUUUUUGAUAACGUCUUUGAUCGCGACUCUGAACAGCACAAGUCUCCAGAGCACAAUAUACGCCUAAAAGCCCUUGAACAGCGAUUACAUCAUCUCAUUCAAUGCGAACACUCUGAUAUCUCGAAUGUAGGCCAAGUAUCUUCAUACAACACUCAAAUCGCGGAAUUCUAUCGUCUUGCUGCGCUUCUCUAUCUUCAGCGAGUCGCUCGUAAUAGCCCCAGAGAUGCACCGCAUGUUAUCAAACUGGCAGCUGAUGCAUACAGGGCGCUAGAGGUAAUGGCGAGGUGUGAUCGUCCUUGGCCCCUUUUUGUCAUAGCACUUGAAGCAUCGACAGAAGAUGAGCGUCGACUGGUGCUAGUCACUAUAGAGACGUUACUGGAACGUAGGCCGCUUCGAAAGUGGAUGACGCUACGGACUAUGAUACAACAAGCCUGGUCACAAAUUGAUCUAGCAAAAGCCAACAACUUGGACGCUUUAUUAUUAUACCAAUCAGUCAUAAAUCAUCAGCGUGUACCACCUAUGUUUAUCUAA